CAGGUUGUUCAUUGUUCAGUUGAUGGUUGUUUCUUUCAUCAUCUCAAUCCGUUGAAUUUCCCCUGUCUAACCCUAACCCGAGCCACUGGAGACAAACACUUUUUUGCGGGGUCGUUGGCGGGGAUGAAUGCACUGUAAAUUGAUGCGGGCCGCUGCGACGCGGGUCAAGCUGCAGCGACGCGUCUCUCGAGACAAUCAAGGACCUCGAUGAACAGCGACUUUUUCCUGGUAGACACCAUGCAUUUUCCCAGUUCAUUGUUUUAGGGUGCAAGCGCUGACCAUUGCCCACAUCGUUUCUGAGGUGCAACAUCGCAUCGUCAAGUCGUCGACAACACAUCUUCUGCCUUUACCAGCACUUCGAUCCGAAAAGCACCGCCGCAAUGUCCAAGAACGCUGCCAUCACCAGCUUCUUCAAGCCGGCCCCGCGGGACUCGCAGGACUCCCAGGGAAGCUCCCAGGCACCCCAAUCUUCAAUCCCCCGAUCGCCCAUCAGAGCAGCAAUGUCGCCCUUCAAAAUGCCCGGAACGCCAGGAACGGGAUUCAAAUCAUCACUACCGAUCAGGUCCCCUGUACCACCGCCAUACUCGCCGUUGACACUUCUCUCAUCACCGCUGAAGCCUCGAUCCGCCGUAAAGCCGGUACGAGAUCGAAAUGCCGUCAUCGGAGCAUCCGACGAAGAAGACGACGGCAGCGACUUCAUAUCAUCGGACGACGACCUGCCCGAUCUCUUCGCCGAGCCCAAGACCGAAGUACCUGUGUCGAUCCGAGCAAAUGGAAGCCCGACGAAAGGGCCAGUGUCAAAACGGGUGGCAUCAACCAAAAUUGUCGUGUCUCCCAUCAACUUCAACAAGAAGCACAAGUUCGACAUGAAGGCCAUCUUAAAGCAUACCGAGGCAGAGAAGAAGAUAGCAGAGAGCGAAAAGCGGGUUGAGCAGCUCAUGGCUGAGGAUGAAGAGGACAAACGAGCCGAGCCACUUGCUGUCAAGAAGGAGGGCACCACCCUCCAUGAUGACAUGUUGGACAUGUUGUCCGAGGCGGAGGACAGUCAAGAGGAGACUAAAAAAGAGAAGCUACUCAGGGCCGUUAAGAGGACAGAAGCCACUUCGCAGCGGAAACAAUGGUACUUCUUUGACGAAGAUCAUGGGCACAAAGUGGUCGACGACCUGUCAAUAGGCUUCCGGAACAAAUUCCCCCAGCACGCGGCCACCGGUGUUUGGAAAAUCCUGGCGACACAAAAGGGGAGAAUGGAUCUCAUCGAGCGUGGAGUCCCUUACCAUCUCCAGUCCAAGCUACGGAACAUGCCCGACGAGAUCUUUAUCUGGAUUGUAGACGAGCUACCGUUCAUCAAGACAAGGAGGUUACGAGAAUCCAACCUCAGACUUCUAAAAAUCUGUCCCGAGCAAGCAGGCCGACUACUCACACCCGACCGCAUCACCCAGUUAUUCCGCACCAUCGGCACACCCAAGCGAUGUCUCGAGACGCCGUCAUCAUCAGAAGACAACACCGAUCAAAAGAAACCCGACCCCGGCCGUCCCUACAACAUCGACCGAGACUGGACCCCCCUCCGCACCGUCCUGCGCAUCCUCUCCGAGACCGCCCGCGGGCUCUCCACCGACUCCCUCACCCGCUCCACGACCCUCCUCCUCCGUCUGGGCAUGGACGCCCUCAUCCGUCGCAACCCGGACCUACACUCCACCUUCCGACACACCCUCAUCCACCUGAUCGAAGCCGUGCCCUCCUCCUCCUUCGACGGCUUCUGCCUCUCCUGCUGUUCUAGUCUCUACUCCCUAACCACGGACUCCUCCCUCCUCUCCGACGCUCUUAGGUCUCUGCCGUACCAAACCCCCAAACUGGUCAACCUCCGCCGCAGGCUUGCCUUGGCCUUCCUCUUCGCCUCCGCUUCCACCUCCCUUUUGCCCUCCCCCUCCCCCUCUUUUGACACAGUCGUCCCCUCGCCCAUCCAAGAAUUCUCCCUCCACGAUCCCAGCCAGACUUUCUCCCUCCCUUUGCUGCUGGCCUACCUCGAUAUCUCCCCGCAUUUCCAAACCACCCGCUCUUCGUCGUCCGCUGAUUACUUUGUCCUCUCCGCCCAAACCGACCUGUUACGCAUAGCCAUAGGCGACGGCGAUCCCCCUUCUUCUUCCCCUUCUUCCCCUUCUUCCCCUUCUUCCCCCCAUCCUCCCGUUUCCUCCUCCCUUCUUCCAUCUCUCCCAUUUUCCACCUCAACCUCAACCUCAACCUCCUCAGAAAUCAAAUCCCACAACCGCCAAAUCGACCACCUCACCCGCCGCAUCCGCACCCUCUGGUCCAACAUCCACGACCAAUCCGGGUCGACAGCCGAGAUUUCUCGGUUGGAAGCCAAAGUCAAGCUUAAAGACUUGGAGCGGAAACUGGAGUGGGCGGUCAGGACGAAACCGGUUAGUAGGGCGAAUAUCUUUGGUAUCAAAGGAGGAGGGGGAGGAGGGGCGGGGAUUUUGGGGGGUGGGUAUGGGUAUGGAGAGGGGGAUGGGGAUGGGGAUGAGGAUGUGGAUAGUGAGGAGGAGAGGGAGAGGGAACAGAAAAGGGAGAGGGAGGGGGUGGAGCAGAAGAUGUUUAUGAGGAGGUUUUUGGGGAAGGGGACG